AUGGCCGAUAGUCUCUCACAAUGCGUUGAUUCUUUGCAAUCAAGUUUACAGUGUUUGGAAAAGACAGUCUCGAAGCUCAACAACGAAUCUAAGACCAGCAAUUAUUUGACCAAGAGCCUUCUGCAAUCACGAAGGGUGUUCGAGCUUGUGCCAGAAUAUGACGUCCAGAGGGCCAAACUAGAUCUUAUUGAGGAAAUUGAACCGCUGGUGAACAAUUUGAGUGGCAAAGUGUCGAAAAACCUGUCUAGACUGGAGAGAGAACGCGAUAACUUGCAACAAACACUUGAGUUGAAUGUUUUAAGAUUGAAAAACCGAUUCAGUGGCGAGGAUUUGUUUGACGAAGAUGCAGGAUCGGACGUGGUUUUUAUGACAUCGUCAACGGCAGAAGAACUAGACCAAUUGAAGGAACUGAAGGCUCAAAAGUCGCAAUUGUUGGAAAGAAUACGCGCUUUGGAGAAAAAUACGUAA